GUCUGAAGGUAAAAUGGUGAGAGCUGUUGAUGGAGAACCAGCUGGGCUCAACAUGGAUUAUGUAAAUCUACCUGCAGAGUCAGGUAGAACGGGUGCUGAAAAUAAGGGGAGCAAUGCUGCACCAGCUCCCGGCCAAAAGUUAUUAAGACUGGUUGGUGUUAGCUUUGGACUCCUUUGCAUCCUGCAAGCUGGUCUCAACGUUUCUCUCCGUCUGACACUCUUCAAAUCUGACACUCAGCCAUCACCUACAGAGACCAUGUGCAGAAAUGAGACAGACAAGCAGAGACAACUCAUUGGGCACUACAUCCAACGGGGAUGGCUGUAUUUCCAUACCAGUUUGUAUUAUAUUUCUGUCAAUACGACAUCCUGGCACGGGAGUAGAGAGUUCUGUCAGCGACAAGGAGCGGAUCUGGUGAUUAUAAACACCAAAGAGGAACAGGACUUUACAAGACAGUUUCACAGACUCACAUGGCUUGGACUUAAAAUGAUCGAGCCAAGGAAGUGGAAAUGGGUAGAUGGGACUUGGCUGACCGAAAGCUACUGGGGUCCUGGAGAGCCAAAUGGUUUUGAAGGCAAAAAGGAGAACUGUGUGGAGAUAAGGUUCUUUGACCUUGAAAACAGCUGGAACGACAUACCGUGUGAAGAUCAAAACUUUUGGAUCUGUGAGAAAAACGUAGUUCUGUAAAUAAAACCAAACGAAGUCAGAGAAAGUUGAAACAAA